CAGUGUGUGAGUGACGGUGGGUGGGACGGACUGGCGUGUCCGUCACAAAUACCCCGGCCUGUCAAGCGGAACCUCCCCCCCACGUGGUGCAUCAGACAUCCAGAGUACAGGCGACUGCAACCCCCUCGGCGUUACGCCCGCGUGAGCAGUGUCACUAUUGGAGAUGUGAGACGGCAUAUUAACCAUAUGAGAUAGAAUUUCCAAACGAGUAUAGUCUCUAGUUUCAAGCCCGUGCCACGCGUACAGACCACAUUCUCCUGUAACGAAGGGGUGUACCAAGGGGACCCUCGCGCCAAACACUCCCAGCGUUCGACCGCUGAGCAAACCUCGGGGGUGGAUAGACAAACGGGGCUGGCAGACAGACAGACAAGUGCAAAGGAAGAGUUCAGAUUGACAGACGAAUGCACCCCUAGGGAUGAAUACUUUAAUGUCAGUUCGAUGCUUCCUCUGUUUCCUGGGCGUUCUUGUGGUGACUGUCAGGGCCAAAGAGGAGUCGGAAGGAACACGUCUGCCCUUCAAGCCACCAUGCCCCGUCCAGAGAAUGGAGAUUACUUUCCCUCAUGUCAUAGACAUUCAGGACAAACACGUUAGGUCAGAAAUCCCUGGUAACACGGCGUAUAGGAGUGGUGCGCCUAUAUCAUCAGAUCUACCCGAGGCCUUUUUCUUGGAGGUUUCAUGGCGAAGGCAAAAGGUUCAACUGGCUCUGUAUCGAUCGCAGAUCUCACCGCCGAAUUCCUUCUCAGAAUGGGACGAUGGUAACGAGACAUUUGUUGAAGUCAUCGACGACAAGUGUUUCUAUCAUGGUUAUGUCAAAGGUCAAAGGUCGUCAUACACAGCUGUUUCCACAUGCAGUGGCGUGGCUGGUUACAUACAGACGGACGAGGAGAUCCUGUUUAUCGAACCAGCAGCAAACCCUCAGAGUGACUCCUCCAUGCAGGCUCACGUGGUUUACACGUGUGAAGAUAGGGAGCCGGCCAGUGGUACUCACCAAUGGGCACCUAAAGAUUCUGAUGACGGUCAGAUGGACGCCCACUGGAGGAGGAGAAGAGCGGCGAGGCGGAGGCCGAAGUACCUGGAAGUCUUUAUGGCAGUGGCGCCAUCUACCGUCCAAGUCGUAGGAAGGACGAAGGUCAAGGCCUAUAUCAUGACUUUAAUGAAUAUAGUAAACUCAAUCUAUCAACAUUCCAGUCUCGAUGUGGAUAUACGCGUGUCUCUAGUUAGGUUGAACUUACUCAAUGACAGAACAGCCGAUAGAGUGACAGUUAGACGGAAUGCUUAUCAAACGGUCCGGAAUUUCUGUGAGUGGGCAAUGUACCUGCAUAAACCUUCAGAUCCUCAGACCCACGACAUUGCAGUCUUACUGACCAGAGAAGACAUCGGCCCAGCAGGUUACGCUCCUAUUACCGGCCUGUGUAAUCCAAUACGAAGUUGUGCUGCUAUAAAGGAUGAAGGAUUUACCUCGGCAUUUAUUAUAGCUCAUGAGAUGGCACACGUAUUCGGUUUAUUCCACGAUGGCCAUGGCAACCGUUGCCAUGGGCGCGAGUACCGAACAGCCAUAAUGGCGACUCUUGUGGAGUCCAAGCUGAACCACUAUUGGUGGUCAAUCUGCAGCCAAGAGAGGAUGAAGUCGGUGGUUAACUCUCUUUACUGCCUAAAUGAUGAUCCCUAUGAACUGGGAGGUCUGCCAGAAAUACCUGCAACAAUAGGAAAGAACUGGUCGCUAAAUGAACAGUGCAUACUGGAGUUCGGAGAACAGUUUUCAAUUUGUCGAGCUGAAUAUAAUUCGUUUUACUCUGACUCUUGCAACAUGCUUUGGUGUGGCGACUAUCGCCGGCCCCAUUUGUGCCGGACAAAGAGGGGACCACCACUUCCGGGAACGCCCUGCGGCAGGGAAAAGCAAUGUUUGAGCGGUCGGUGUGAGUACGUGGGCAACCAGUCUCCAGUGAACGGUCGGUGGGGAUACUGGUCGUCUUGGACACCGUGUUCAUCGGAGUGUGGAGUGGGACUUCGGUACCGUAGUCGGACAUGUGACAACCCAAGUCCUAAAUAUGGCGGCAGGGACUGUGAAGGCGGAAAGGACGAAAUGGGGACAUGCUUAAAUGAGAAAUGUGCCACCUACACCGACAUCCGAGCUGGAGAGUGUGAGGUGUGGGCGGAGAUGAACGUGAGGCCUGGGAGACACACCUGGAAGCCCUUCCCAGCCCAGAACAAGGCGGACUGGUGUAGACAAACGUGUAAAUCGGACAGAUCUGGAGAGGCCGUCACCAUCGACAUCAACACCGAGGAUGGCACGCCGUGUACAUACGACAACGACUUCAGUAUCUGCGUACUGGGUGAAUGUUUUGACGUGGGGUGUGACGGUGUGAUGAACUCAACCAAGAAGAGUGAUAACUGCGGGGUCUGUGGUGGAGAUAACUCAUUCUGUAAAACUGUUACAGGAGAGUUCAUCAGAAAGCCCACUAAAGAAGAUGAAUAUGAACAGGUUGUGUUCCUUCCACAUGGAGCCCGGAAUGUGGAGAUCACCAAAACGGAAGAAUCGCCGCAUUUUCUGGCUAUGAAGGAUCCACAACGAGGCGACUAUUACAUGAACGGCAACGGGAAGCAGGAAGACUCGAAGCAGCUCGUGGCGGAGGGGACGCUCUUCACAUACGCAAGGGGUCAAACAUACGAAAGUCUGGUUUCCAGAGGGCCUUUGAAGAAAAACUUGGAGAUUAUGCUAUUUCCAGCAGGCCACCUUGCACCUGCCUCCAUCAGCUACACCUACACAGUUAACAAAGACGAUCACACUUUGGAGAAAACUAAGUAUAAGUGGAAAUUUACGAAAUGGUCGGAUUGUUCUGUAACCUGUGGCACAGGAGUUCAGACCAUCAUGCACGGGUGCUUCGACAAAAACACUGACGAGAAACUGAAUGACGAGAUGUGCAGCUUUCUGGACCUACCGCGACAAGACCAGGCCACAUGCCACAGAGAGUCUUGUGACCAGAUACGGUACAUUUGGGCGAUGUUCAGCAACUUCUCGGAGUGCACCACGACGUGCGGAAACAGUGGCUACAAGACUCAGAUGUACGGCUGUGAGAGGAACUACCCAAAUGCUUCAACUGAAUACGUUCCCCAUCACUUCUGCGAGAAGGUGGCGCCACCUAACGAGACAGUGGAGUGUAACCGAUUCCCCUGCAUUCUAAACUGGAGUUUCGGGGAGUGGAGUGAAUGUUCCAAGACGUGUGGGAUGGGCAUGCAGCAACGAGAGGUGUGGUGUGGAGACCUCUACGACUGGAGCGAGGACGAUGUCUGUGAUGAGGAUAUACCGACUGCAGAGAAGAUAUGUAGCAAAGGCCCCUGCUUUCCUAAACUGCCACCGUCAUGCAAGAAGGACAAAUACUCAUUCUGCAAGUACGCAUCAGUGAAGAAAUGCCGGUUUGCUGGCUUCAGGAAUAUGUGCUGCAUGUCUUGCUUCAAGGGCUCUGGGGCCGCCUACAGACGCCUCACCCGUAUGGCGAGACAGAAGAGAAAGCUUAGGAUUAAAAGGAGAUUAAUGGCAAAACGACGUGAAAAUUAUAUCGUAAAAAAUAACUAGAAAUAUACGUAUCCGUGUAAUGAAAAUAAUAUAUUUGAGUUACAUGUAUGUAUGUAUGUUCAAAGAUAGCUGUGAUUUGGCUUAUCAAUACCCGAUAUGAUUCCCAUCAGUGCAAUUGAUGAAGAUUUAUGCUCAAAUAUGCUACGUCAUAUUGUGGAGUUCUACAUGCUGAUACCUGGUGCUAGUUUACAGUAGCUAUGCAUUUUAAACAUAUGCAGCUACACACAUCCAGAUGCAACGUCCCACUAACACUUGGAAUACUAAUGCAAUCCUGGUUAUCUUAGUUCUUAGCUGAUGUAAUGUUAUUUAAUUUGACAAUUCAGUUAAUCUUUUUCCAGUCUUUGGUGUCUAAAAAUAAUGUUUUACCAAACAUAUAAUAACCCCAUCACAAUGGUGCUAGUGUAAUGUCAUAUAUAAACAGUUGAUACGACUGAAUAUAGCCUUCUCAACAAUUUAAUGUUACACAAUAUGAAUGACCAUCAACUGUGGAAUGAUUUUUAGAUUGUAUCGAACUCCAGAUUCAGAUUAUGUUGGUGAUUAUUACACCGCCUAGGGAUUAGAAUACGUAGGGAAUUGUUUUCUGCAUUUCAUUAGUGCAAGCGUUUUGCUUUGAAUUUUAAACGUUAUUGUAUAUUAUGAAUGCAUGAAAACGUUUACGGUGCCUGAUAUCCCCUCAGUGAUUGUUUAUACCAUUGUGCCACUGUACUCUAAACAAUUAUUCGCCUAUACUGGUGCUCAAAUGUAGUCCUAUAUUGUAUUAAUGUACAGGCUUGUACAUUGUACCGGUUAUGAGAUUUACACGGUGCUGCAGUUAUCUUGUUACUAUUUAAUACAUGUAUGUUCGGUGACUACUGAACCCACGAACCGAAAUGUAGUAUUAUUAUACAUUUUUGUAUGAAUACGUUUUUGUUUGGAGACUGGUGAGAUCAUCUAUCGUCUACGAAUGAAUUACAGUGAAAUGUCAUUUACUACACGCUGACGUGGAUAGAGACAGUGUUCAAACUGUUCUCAAACAAAUUGGUCAAAAUGGUUUGGAUUGUCAAACUCUUUAUGUUGUUUCUGAUAAUGUUGAGUGUUUGUGUACAUAGUUUUCUGCAUGUUUUUGCAUCGUUAUGUGAUAUUGUCAUAUUUCAAUUUCCCAUUUUGCACACCAAUGACACUAACGCGCGUUAAUAAGUGCUCCUGUAAUGUGUCAAAACAUGUACUCAAUAUAUAAUGUUCGUUUCUUAACUAGGGUUAAGUGUCCUUAUGAGUCUAUAUUCGAAACACGUGUACAAUGUACAUAUAUGCACGUCUUGUAUAUAACAUAGGCCUUCGUGUAAAAGUUGAUUACACAUCUGAGACAAGGUCCCACUUAAGGGGAACGACAUCAUACUAUUUGAUCAUAGCUGUAAACGCCGGUAAUUGAAACGUGAUGUGAACAUUAUCAUUAUCAUAUUUACAUAAGCUAUUAAUUACCGCUGAUAUUGGUGGAGACGGCGGAAACGUGUCGGUAGACUUGUAGCCUGAUACUGUCACGCCAUUAAUGAAUACGGACAACAGCUCAUUAGUCUCUCGUUAAACCUCGCACGUCUAAAAUAAGGUUUACAAUUUUCUCAUCUUGUGUCAUAUUUAGAUCAAACCCUGAUAUAAUGUCUCGUUUUCAGGUAGUUCUUUUACGUACCAUUUAUUAAAUUGUUUUGAGGAA